AAGAAGAAGCAGAACACGAAGAUGAGUCAGAUACUGAUCCCGAGGAAUUGUGGUAACAAACAUUGGCAAUCAUUCAGCUCCAGACUCGCGUGCGAGGCCGCCCAGAUGUUACCGCCCAGCGAUGCAGUGGCCAGUUCCCCUCCUGUGAUUGUAAAUACUGAUACAUUGGAAGCGCCAGCAUAUGUUAACGGAACAGAGGCUGAGAUGGAGUAUGAAGAAAUCACCCUGGAGAGAGGUAACUCAGGUUUGGGGUUCAGCAUUGCAGGGGGCACUGAUAAUCCCCAUGUAGGGGAUGACCCCAGCAUAUUCAUCACCAAGAUCAUUCCUGGAGGAGCAGCGGCACAGGAUGGGCGGCUCAGGGUGAACGACAGUAUCCUCUUUGUGAAUGAGGUUGAUGUACGCGAGGUGACGCACAGCACGGCGGUAGAAGCUCUGAAGGACGCUGGAUCUAUCGUCCGUCUCUACGUCAUGCGCAGGAAACCAGCGUCAGAGAAAAUUAUUGAAAUCAAACUGAUUAAGGGUCCCAAAGGUCUGGGUUUCAGCAUUGCCGGUGGCGUAGGCAAUCAGCACAUUCCAGGUGACAAUAGUAUAUAUGUCACCAAGAUUAUUGAGGGUGGCGCAGCGCACAAGGACAUGCGGCUUCAGAUUGGAGACAAGAUUCUUGCGGUGAACCACGUGAGCCUGGAGGAUGUCAUGCAUGAAGACGCAGUUGCAGCUUUGAAGAAUACGUCAGAUAUUGUCUAUCUGAAAGUGGCCAAACCAACCAAUGUUUAUCUAAACGAUUCCUACGCUCCACCCGAUAUCACCACGUCCUACUCUCAGCAACUGGACAGUGACUUGUGUCAUCCCAGUUACCUGGGCCCGGAGUAUGCGCCGGUGAUGACACCAACCUCACCCCACAGAUACUCCCCCAUUCCUAAAGAGCUAAUGGGAGAGGAGGAGGUACCACGGGAACCACGCAGGAUUGUGAUACACCGUGGAUCUACCGGUCUAGGUUUUAAUAUCGUUGGUGGAGAAGAUGGGGAAGGGAUAUUUAUCUCGUUUAUCUUGGCCGGGGGACCGGCAGACCUGAGCGGAGCGUUGAGGAAGGGAGAUCAGAUUAUGUCUGUGAAUGGGGUGGAUCUUAGGAACGCUACGCAUGAACAAGCCGCUCUGGCUCUGAAGAAUGCUGGUCAGAUCGUCACCAUUAUUGCGCAGUACAAGCCUGAGGAAUACAGCAGGUUUGAAGCGAAGAUCCAUGACUUGCGGGAACAGUUGAUGAACAGUAGCCUUGGAUCAGGGAGCGCUUCGCUCCACAACGCAAAUGGCAGCAAAAGAGGAUUCUACAUCAGGGCACUCUUCGACUACGACAAGACCCGGGACUGUGGCUUCCUCAGCCAAGCCCUGAGCUUCAAGUUUGGGGAUGUUCUGCAUGUCCUUGAUGCAGCCGAUGAAGAGUGGUGGCAGGCACGACGUGUCCAGCCCGAAGGAGAGGAGAUCGGUUUUAUCCCCAGUAAGAGAAGGGUGGAACGACGGGAGUGGUCUCGGUUAAAGGUAAAGGAUCGAAGCAGCACCACAGGGUCUCAGAGUCGGGAAGAGACGGUUCUCAGUUAUGAGACUGUUGUACACAUGGAAGUUCAUUACGCCCGUCCCAUCAUCAUACUGGGCCCCGGGAAGGACAGAGUUAAUGACGAUCUUCUAUCUGAGUUUCCUGACAAGUUUGGCUCCUGUGUCCCCCAUACGACACGCCCCAAGCGGGAUUAUGAGGUGGACGGGCGAGAUUACCACUUUGUAUCAUCUCGGGAAAAAAUGGAGAAGGACAUCCAGGGUCACAAGUUCAUUGAGGCCGGACAGUAUAACGGACACUUGUAUGGAACGAGCGUGCAGAGCGUCAGGGAAGUGGCCGAGCAGGUAGGGAAGCAUUGUAUCCUAGACGUAUCGGCCAACGCUGUCAGACGCCUGCAAGCUGCACAGCUUCAACCCAUCGCCAUUUUUAUACGGCCUAAGACAUUGGAGAAUAUCCUAGAAAUUAACAAACGUCUAACCGAGGAACAAGCUAGAAAAACAUAUGAAAGGUCAACAAAACUGGAGCAGGACUUUACAGAGUGUUUUUCAGCGGUGGUCGAGGGAGAAAGUUUUGAAGAAGUCUACCAUAAAAUAAAAGGGAUCAUUGAGGACCUCUCAGGGCCCUACAUUUGGGUUCCUUCUCGUGAAAGACUUUAAAACCAGCCUCUUCCUCCAACCCCACCGUGAAGCAGCGGAGACUCCUCUCUCUCGGAGCUUUGUAUGUCAGGAGGCAAUAAGGCACUCUGGAUCCUCCAUGGCCCUGAUGUCGCCACCCCUCCCUGGAGUGCCUUAUUACUUCUAUAGGGGCUGAUAUCCUCCCACAUAACAGGAGACCAGAAUGUUUGUGUUUAUAUAUGUUUUUUACGUGUGUAUUUAAACAUGCACAAAACUAUAUAGACCACAAUCCGGCUCUUCUGUUCCUGCUUGGCUCCUCGUGGGAGUGGUUUCUUUGUGGUCCCGCCCCUGCUGUAUGCAGUUGGGUGUGGACUCACAGUCACACCUCAUACAGUGCAUAGGGCCUGUUGUAUAAAAAGACUUUUAGUCAUGGUUUUUUAUCUCGCUGUCUGCGUUUAUCUUGUGCAUGCGUCUUAUACUGGAAGGGGGCGGGGACUCUGGAUUCAUGGACAAAUACCCCUUUCUCCCCUCAAUCCCCACACACAUGUCCUUAGAGUAUGGGGCAGUAUGAACAUUAUCUCCCCCCGUGAGGGGCAGUAGAUUCAUGGAUGUCUCCUUAGCUCUCAAACAAAGCCAUGGAGGGGUUAAGUGUGCAAUGCUCUGCAGGGCUCUGGUAAGGAGCUUGAAAGAAACGCUCUGCGGACUUUUUCCCAAGAGGUGCUUAGGAUGCGAUGCUCUUCAGGACACUGGGUACACAUCGGGGCCCUGCAGGGCUCAGGCAGCGAAGGGUUACAUACAGUACAGUAAUAAAAAAUAAAACUAUUUUAUGUGGAUAAAUAAAAUGUUAUAUAUUUA